ACUCAAGGAUGGAAAAACAAACAAACACAACCACUCCCGAAAACGAAAGCAUCAACCUCUCCCCUAAGCAAUUCUUGUAUUGUUAACCCUCAGACCCAAGCAAGCAAGCCAAACCCUUCCUCUUCAACCCUCUUUCUUCGCCGCCAUUGAUUCCCCCUCAUGGACGAAUCAGAGCAAUAUCCAAAGGAGUAUUACACGAGCGAACAAAACGGCAUCAGCAGAAGGGUUUCGUCUUCCUCAUCGUCGUCGACCACGAGCGUUCAUGUGACGGCGCUGGACGGAUUAGUGAAUGUGAACUCGCUAUUCACGAUCGCGGUGUUCGUGGGGCUGUCCCUAACGACGCCAGGGCAGCGAAGCCUCGAGAACCGUUCCUCGUGCGAUGCUGGUGAUGACGUGGCAAAGAAGCUUCUUGUGUUCGAGGUGGUGUCCUUCAGCUUCUUCCUCUUCUCCUCUUUGGUGGCGCAAGGGUUGAAGCUGGCACUCAACUUGCUCAACAGCAAGGACGUGGAUGAGGCCUUCAGGGCCCAUAUCAACCUAAAGGCCCUAAGAUUGGGGAUGUUGGGCUCCGCUAUUGGGUCCGUCAUGGGCUGUCUCUUCCUGGUCCUUUCUAUGGUCAACGUCAUCGAGAUCCGCCUGGGGAUGUUGUCUUGUGGCAGCAAAUCCGCUGCUCACGCUGUUGCCGCUAUGGUUGUUUUGGUCUCUUCUGCUCUCCUGCUUUAUAUUUCCACUGCUAUCUAUGCUUUCACCCACUAAAAUUAAAAACGAAAAACAAAAC